AUGACAACCUAUGAAUUCGAUCAUGAAGAAGAUAUUUUACAACCAUUAUCCAACCUUCUUUAUGGUGUAUCAUUAGAAGAUUACAGAUACUGGAGAGAGAAUCAAACACUUAGACUUGCAAAGUAUAAACCCAAAUACAAUCAUCAACAUCUAGAACACAAGGUUGCCACUGUCAAGCUCCUAGUCUGUGGUCACUCUGGAACCAAAAAGUACCACCCCAAUCAUUUAAAGCCAGUCUCUAAAGGAACCGUCUAUCUUUCCGAUGGCUAUGACUACAUGUUGUUACAACGUUAUAAAGAGAUCAAUCUUGAAAUCAAUAGAGCCAUGAAUUUGGUGGCUCGAGCCAAAAAGAAUGCACUUUCGAGAAUCAAAGGUUUCAAUUUCAACAGAGACCCAAAGACUGGCGAACCAGUAAUGUCGUUCUUUGGAGAAUUUAAAAACAAAGAACAAGAAGAAGAUAUAGAAAGAGAAAGAAUGGGAAGUAAACAAGAAGAGUUACUUUUUAUGGUUUCUACUACUGAUUUCUUUUUCCCAAAUUGUGAUGAUCCUUAUCUUAUGGGUAAGAUAGCAUGUGCAAACGUACUAUCAGAUCUCUAUUCCUUUGGUAUUGCAGAUUGUGACAAUAUGUUGAUGAUCUUGGCAGGUUCUACCGAUAUGACCCCAGAACAAAGAACUUGGAGUACUAGAGGAAUGAUCAAUGGUUUUAAUGAUAAUGCAAAGAUUGCAGGAACAAAUAUAACGGGUGGACAAACUGUAAAGAAUCCAUGGCCUAUUAUUGGAGGUGUAGCAACAUCUGUGGUUAAAAAGGACGAGUUUAUCAUGCCAGUUGGAGCUGUUGCUGGUGAUGUAUUGGUGUUGACCAAACCACUAGGAACACAGGUGUGUGCCAACGCACAUCAAUGGUUACAAGGAUUCCCAGAGAAAUGGGAGCGUAUCACUGGUGUAGUCACUCGUGAGCAGAUUAUCGAGUGUUGGGCAUAUGCUGUAAACUCAAUGGCACGUCUCAACAGAACCGGUGCAAGAAUGAUGAUGAAACACGGUGCACACGCAUGUACCGAUGUCACUGGAUUCGGUCUGUUGGGACACUCGAUGAAUUUGGCCAAGAACCAAAACGCAGCAGUCUACUUUGAAAUUGACACGUUGCCAAUCAUGCAAGGCAUGGUAGAGAUUGACGCCACUCUAAACUACAACUACAACCUCCUCAAGGGUAUGAGUGCAGAGACGAGUGGUGGUCUGUUGGUUGCCUUGCCUGCCGACAAGGCUCAGGCAUUUAUCGACGACAUGCAAGAAAUCGAUAAACAACCAGCUUGGAUCAUCGGCAAGGUUAAAGCAAGUGAUAAACCUCAAUCUGAAAAUUACUCCUAUCUCGUAGAUAAUUUAAAUAUUAUUAAUGUUUUACCAAAUAAUAAUUUUUAA